UUUAGGUUAUGCCUGAACAGUUAUCGUUAUGACAUCUUAAGGAAUAAUCUUGUAUAAAAAUCAUUGAUUAUUUGCGGAAAAAUUUGUUGUAAACAAAUAAUUCAUUAUACUUGUUGACUUAUCUUCGAGUACUUUGAUAUUAUUAUAUCUGUAAAGUAAUUUGGAAACACUGUUCAUGUAAUAUAGAGUUACUGAGAGAUUAUGCCAAGAAACUGAAGAGAUAUUGUAAAAAUAAUGGUGCCAUUAGUGAUUACUUUUCCCCUGAUGAUAAUAUUUUAAUCGUUGUUGCGAUAAAUCCUUUAUGAACGAUUUUGUUAGUACAAGAAUGCAUUAUUGUUCAUCUUAACCUCAAGGACUGUGUUGGUUUGAUCAUCAUGAAGCGAAGACAACGGAAACCAGUUUUAGAUAUCAACGGAGAAGAAUCAGAGUCAUGUCGGAGACGAUGGCAAAAUAAAUAUCAACAAAUUGCUGUUGACCAUCCUGAACAUAAUGGAGCUUCUGCCAAUCCACUAGCAAAUUUGUUAGGUCAUUAUGAUUCAGACAGUGAAGCAGAUGAUGCAAAAGAUAAUCCAAACAAAUUAAAUGAUAAAGUCAAUGAUUUUCUGAAGGAAAUACAACUCAUUGCCCCUGAACCACUAAAAUCUGCUUCGUCCACGAAAUCACAUGCAAUAGCAGUUCAAUCAGGAAAUCAUGCAACGCAACAACAAAUUUUGUGGCAAGAAUGCUAUGAUGAGACAACUGGUUAUCCAUACUAUUGGCAUACAGAGACAAAUGAAGUGACCUGGGAAAUGCCAUCGGAGAUGAGGUUACUUCGUGAUGGUGUUCAACAGGAUCCUGCAUUACGCUCUUCCCACGUUACUCAAUGGCCUCAUAUUUCAACCAGUUCAUAUUCAGAAGCACAAACUGACAUUCCUGAGGGUAUGAUCCCUAAAGAGGUAGUUGCUAGAAACCGAAACAGAUUAUCUGGUGUACCUCAAAGUAGUUUUCAAAAAGUGAAAACUAACGAAGAAGUUUUGGAAACAUCUGAUCCAAAAGGAGAGGAUUCUGAUGAUGGAAAAAUAGAAAUGAUAACAUCCUUUGGGAACGAUGAAAGUGAAUCGGAUACUAGUGAUAAUGAGUCUUUAGUUAAAGAAACAUCGAAACAAGGUGUUUCAUCAAAAUCGCACUUACAAAAGCACUCGGUAACAAAUUUAAGUUCGAGUGGAAAGUCAGAAGAUGGUUGCCGGAACUCUCGAAUUGGUCCAGUUUUCCUUUCUGCUAGUAUUAAUGUUGAUGAAAGAAAUGAAGAUGUUGAAAAUAAAUGUAGAGCCGAUGAGGACAUAAAUUCAUCCAAAAAUCCUGAUGUUCGAAGUGGUACAACAAUGUUAAUUACUGGUAAGGAAUAUGCAAGAGUUCAAAACAAAUCUUAUAUCGAUGAGAAGGACGUUCUUAUGAAAUUAAAAAGUCAAGGAAGAACGGUACACUCUGUUAGUGGUAGACAAUCAGAAUGUACUGAAUCCUCAGUAUUGGAUGAAAAAUCUAGUCAAAUGGAAAAAGAUACUCAAUUAAAUCGAUCAGAAGAAUCUCAUAAUAUGCAGCAGGAAAGUGGUAGAAAUAUUACUACAAUGGAGAUGCAUCGUAAGUCUCUUACAUUUGACAAAGACACAAAGAUCUCUUUAGUUCCUGGUUAUGGCGAUGAUUCAGAUGGAGACGAUGAGAUUUCGGUGAAGAAGUCAACAGUUAAACCUUUAUUUCCAAUAUCUGAGUAUCAAGCAAACCAAAGUUUAGUUUUGCCUCAAAACACAACAAAAGACAGUUUGGGUACUUCCACUGAUAAUGUCAGAAAAGUGGAAACAAAGCAAUUACAAGGUGGAAGUGUUAAAAUUUUUGAGUACCAUAAUGAUAAUGUGUUGAAGGACAAGGAGAAUGAUUUAUCUAAGAAAUUAACUCAACGUAAUGAAAAUGUGGAAGUAGAAAAUAAAGAUAAAGAGGAGAUUCGGAUUGUCAGAGUAGAACUGGAACCACCGAAACCGAAUAUAUUCUUGGAAAAUUUGGAAGCUCCAGCGAAAGCUUUUCAAAGAAAGAAACGAAUAGCUUUUGAUGUUGUUGUUGGUAAAAACAAAACGACCGAAGCUCCUGCAACCUCGGCGCCGAAACCAGACUCUGAGAAUGCCCAACCUUUGGUUCCGAUCAACGAUCCUGAUCAUCAAAAUACAGGAUUUCAAAAAGAAUCCAGCGUGGAAUAUUCUGAACCUUUGGAUCAAAAUGCUGAAGCAUCCGAAAAACCUGUUAAUGCAACAAAAAAUGGUAUUAACUUUGUGAAAGGAGAAACCUUAAAUAUGCCUGAAGAAAAUACUUCGAAAGCUAAAGAAAAGGUUGAAUCGAGUAAAGAGGAUCUCAAACCUUUAGUCGAGACUAUUACAGAGAAAUUAAGGUUUCUAUGCGAAGGAAGUCAAAUGGCAUCUGCCGUGCAAGUAAUGGGAAUCCAACUACAAACUUUGCUGACUGCAUGGGAAGCGGGUGACCUAAAGGAGAGCUACCUCUCUAAUUGGCUGACAGGAACAAGUGGAGAGCUGGCCCGGCUAGAGCAAGCAGCUGCACCUCCGGGAUGGGACUGCCAGUGGGAUAGAUCGCAUAAACGGUACUAUUAUCGCAAUGCAACGAGCGGAGAAGCCCAAUGGACUUACCCGGAGCUUGACGUUAUCGGUGGAACCGAGGAAAUGGACUUGUGUACAACACCGCCACCUCCCGAUCAAGAGGAGGCCUCCAUUAUAGAGAAUGAGGGAAUUGAGACACCUGAACCGAAGCAAGAUUCAACUUCUCGAGAGUCGGCCAGUGAAGAAAAGCCUUCAGUGGCCUCCGAAGAACAGGAAGAAAAAAAUGAAACUAGCUGCAUAGAAGUAAGGAUCCCUCCGCCUCCAAAAAUAUCCAGCCCGAGUCCACCUCCGCCACCAAGGAUAUUCGCAGAGGAUUUGAGGAGAGGAAGAAAGAGACGAGGCAGCGAGAAGAAUCAUGGAAACAGAAGGAGGGAGAAAUUAGCAAAAGAAGUGAAUCCCACGACAAGUACGAAUCAGUCUGUCAACCCACCCUUACCCCUUUCAUCACCAAAAUCAUUACAGCCCCCGUUGCCUCCACAUCCUCCAUUAGUCCCUAAUCCUACAAACAGCGAACCAUUACCGCCAGGUGUAGACCCACCGGAUAUGCCGUACACUCUGGCAGCAUCUGCAUUGGAAUCAAACCUACUGUACACAGCAACGUCCCAGCAAACCAACCCAAUUUACGCGGCCACUAUUGGGAAUCCUGGACUACCACUUUUAAAUCACCACACUGCACUGAUGCAAGGACAAUUGAUGCAUUAUCCUGCUUACCAUCAGCAUUUGCACAACCAAGCUAUUUUGGCCGCAGCAGCGAAUCGAUUAACAGGACAAGAAGCUGUUAGAUUCAUGGUAGCAGAUUAUACACAAAUGUAUGCCAGUAGCCAAGUAAUAGCUAAGCCACCAAUAAAGAUGCAGAGGGAAUCUUUGGGAUCGGCUCUAAAUUCAUUUUAUAGUGAUAUUGCUUCUAUUGAGAAAACAAAAAAUGAACAAGACAAAGAACAGGAAACAUUAGCUUCUGAAGCUGUUCCGUCGCCUGUUCAACAGGUGCAGACGGAGAUAACGGAACAAUCCAAUCUUCCUACAGAAACUGUAAUAAAAGAAAAAAAGAGAAAAAAGGCAAAAAUUGGCAGUAGCAAGAAGCACAAAGAAAUGUCCAGUAUGGUAGCAAAGUGGCAGAAAGUUCAGCAGAAUUUUGAGGAUAAUAGUUAAGAAAUCCAUUUAUUCCCGUUUCAAAAUAGAAUUUCACCGUACUGUAUAUAUAAAUUGUAUAGCUAACCUAUCUGUAUCUUUUGACUGAAUUUGUUUCAUAGGCAUACCGUUAAAUUUUUUAUUCAUAAAAAAAAUUUAAUCUGGUAUCCUGAAAGCGAUAUGUCAUGUUUUUUAAUGAGUACCUAUGAACAUUUGUAAAUAUAACUGUGCAUAUAUAUACAUACAUAUAUGACUUCAAUAUCUCUUUAUUGAAUGGGCUAAGUUCAUUUAAUUAAGGACAUGUUUCGAUUAAGAUCAUUGUAGAUAUAAUUAUUAUUAGUUUUCAGUUUUACACAAUUUUAGGGUUAACUCAUGCCAAGGAUCAAUAAAGAAUAAACUUUA